AUGCGCGAGUUUGAGGAUCAAGAACACAACAUGGAUGAUAAAAAGGACCUGCAAUCGUUACUCUCACAGACUAAAUCAGGAAAACAAUUAUCCGAAUAUCAUAUGAAAUUGCUAAAAAAGCAAAAAAUCAGCACACCACAGGAAUUUGUGGACGCGCCAAAUCUGCACAAGCUUAUGGCUCUUGGAGUGGAUCAAGUUGAGCUAAUCAAACGAGAGCUGUUAUCUUUGUUAGUAAAGAGUGUUACGCUUAAAAAACUAUAUCAGACAAAUCCGUUAAGCUUCUCAACAGGCAUCGAAGAAGUGGACAAACUGCUAGACUACAUUGGACAGCCUUUGCGGCCAGGUCGAGUCUGGGAGCUUUAUGGUGAGACGGGCGUGGGCAAAACUGAAUUUCUGCACACACUGGCAGUAAAUUUUGUUGCCAAUUACCGAGACAGAUAUGAAGUUCUGUUUAUAGACACCAAGCGGGACUUUGACAGUGAGCGAGUUCACGAGAUUCUCCUGAAUCGGCAGCUGGACAACGAAGCUAUUUCGAGUUCUUUAAUUGCUAUUAAUGUAAUAGAAUCCACAUCUGCGGAGUCUUUAAUUGGAGCUCUAGAAACAAUGCUCGUGAAGCUAUCAACUUCUGAUGAUACUGUGUCCCGUAUUAAAUUGGUGCUUGUCGACUCCUUGGCUGCCAGUUUCAUUUUAUAUCGCAGCAGUUAUGAGCGUAAUAACGGACGCAGUUUUCUAACUAAACUGGCGAUGAUUGUAAGGACACUGGCUUCCCAACACGGCAUAGCUUUUAUACUCGGCAAUUUGUCGCUCUCCUCAAAUGAUGAAUUUGAUGACGAUGAGGAUAACGAUGCAUGCAUGACUCCAAGCAGUCCAGACAUACAAGAAGAUUUCACACUAUUGGGAGACUACUGGGACUCGGUUUGCACCCUUGCAUUGACCUUAGAAAUUCCAGAGGAGUCCAACAGCGACGGCAUACGUAUGCUAAAAGUAUUGAAUAACAGCUAUGGUGUCAGCGGGAACAGCUGCUUUCUACGUAUUACAGAUGCUGGUGUUAUCUAAUUAAACGGUCGUCGUUGUCCAGUGCCUUGAUGUUGCUGCUGGUAAGAUUUCAACACACGUUUGCCCGGCUCUAUAGCGUCACUCAGUCCUGGCCGUUUGCGUUUGUUGUUCGUAUUUGUGUGUGCCGUAAAUGUUGGAGUUGCUGUCUCCACAGUAGCUUCACUGCCAGUUGUGGCAUCCACGGAUAAAUCCGAAUCGUGUGCAUACUGGCAACUUGUGCCAAAGCGACAGCGUCCCUUCCUAAAAUUCCAGCAGAUUUUGCGCCCGUUCUUUUGCUUCAAAUGAUCAUCGUUAUUGACCAUUUUAACGUGACGCUCCAGUGAAGCCGUUUUGUGCAGUUCCGCUUCUAAGAAUGGAUUACUAAAAACAUCCCCAGUUCUUUUUGCUGCGGCAUUGUCAAGCGCAGCGCUUGCACUGGGCAACUUUGGAUGCUUUUGUGCUGGAGGCGGACUAUGAAAUCUUUUGUUAUUAACGUAUAUCAUAAAUAAAUAGUUAAUUUACCUUA